CCGUCGACCUGCUGCUGCUCGCACUCGUUGGGGGACAUUCUCGGGGCCUUUCGACGAUUGAGCGGAGGUCUGACAUACCGCCGUGAGCCCGGAGAAGCUAACGGCUCAGGGUGCGCCUGUUCUGCGCAAUUCGACAUAAAUCAGCACCGGUCAGCAUUGCUGCUCAGUCGCGCCAAUACAGUACCACCGCAUUCACCAAUAAGUAGACAUGACAGGAUCUACGCCCGUUCUCCCGCCUGAACUCUACGACCACAUUUUGGAUCAACUGGUGGACGACAAACGCACCCUCCGCAGCUGCGCGCUCACCAGCCGCCAAUGGCUCCCACGCGCCCAGCACAACCUCUUCCGGUCCAUUUACAUCGACUGGUCGAACUGCUCCGCCUUCUCGCGCCUCCUCUCCUCCAACCCCCUUCUCACGGACCACGUCCGGACGCUCGAGAUAGAGAGCGCGUUCGGCAUAUUCUCCAUGGACCGCCUCCACGGCGCGACGCUCGACGCCUGGCUGCACGCCAUCCCGCCCUGGAUGCCCGCGCGCCUCGCGAACCUCACGAAGCUCGAGCUCGCGCUGCUCACCAUCGACGCGGACCUCGCGCGCGGCUUCUUCAACCGCCUGCGCGGCGUCACACACCUCACGCUCUGGGCGUGCACGCUCAAGACGUUCGACGUUUUCACGGAGAUGUAUCUAUCGUUCCCGGGACUCAAGCGUCUCACCAUCGCGUUCACGCAGGAAUGGGAGUCGAACCCAUGCUCAAAGACGGCGGUCGUGCCCCUCGCAAAGAACGGCGCGGGUCCGCAGUUGGAGGUGCUUGAGCUCACAAGUGGGUGCGAUAACUUCAAGGUGCUCAGGUGGCUCAUCGCGGAAGACCUGCAUCGCGCCGUGCACACGCUUUCGUGCACACGUGUGCCGUGGGCAGAGCUAUGCACGCUCGCAGAGGCGUUGAUCGAGCUCGCGCCCUCUCUGAAACAACUACGCAUCGGGCUCGGAGAGUCUGCGUCUGCGUCCGCUCCCCCGCGCGGUGCAGAAUGGACCGCCCCGACCUUCAGCCCGCUGCCCGCGCUGCACACGCUCACGCUCGACAUCCACACCGCGCGCCUCUCCGCGGUGCCCUACACGCUCUCGCUCCUCGCGCAGCUGGACGCGCCCGCGCUGCGCACGCUCGCGUUCGCGGUCAAGUGCGGCGAGUUCGACACCGCGUUCCUCAUCCCCUGGGCGCGCGUCGCGGACGUCGCGGCGCGCUUCCACAACGUGCAGCAAGGGGGCGCGCGGGCGCUGGAGUGUGUGCGCGUGGGGGUGAAGGAGAGGCCGAGGGCGGGGCCGCCGCUUGUGCAUGUGGAUGCGCGUGCGGGGACGGUGGGUGUGGCUGGGCUGGUGGAUUUCGUGGAGAUGGAGCGGAGCGUGAGGGAGGCGUUUGGGGCGAAGGGGAUGGGGAAGCUUGUGGUGUUUGAGCGGGUUGUGCGGUGAGGGGUAGUAGAAAUGGGGACGGGGUGUAAGUUAUGUCGAUAUCAUUCACGGCAGGCCGUGAGGACUUGUUGUAAUAUAGAAGCCGG